AUGCAGCUUCAUUGCGUGCUGAGUAUUCUCUCGGCUGGAGUGAUCGGAAAAACCUUGGCUGCUCCUGCCAACACUUCGAAUCACGAGGCUAUCAAAUGGGAUCAUUGCGCAGGGUUCACUUUUGAUAGAGGAUUCACAAAUUUCGAUGCCGAGUGCAUGAUCUUCUCGGCUCCGUUGUGCUACCCCGGAGUUUGUGAGGCACCGGCGAGUGCAAGCCCGACUGUCAACGUUUUCGUAAAGCGGGUGGCUGCUGUUGGGAACAACGCAGCAAGCGCACCGAACGUGAUACUGAUUCCAGGUGGUCCUGGUCUCUCCUCCUCCACGUUGGAGUGGGCGUUGCAGGAUGUACACGAGGGUAUGGGAGGGGAUGUCAAUGUGUACUUGAUUGAACGCCGCGGUACUGGACGCAGUACGCGCCUAGAUUGCACGGCAGCACAGAGUACGACCUCCGGGUCUCCAUCAGGCGGAAAAGUCGAGCUUUCAGAGGUUCCUGCUUGUGCUCUGGACCUGCAGAACACAUACGGGAAUCUCGCUGCGUUCUCGACCACGAGCGCUGCAAUGGACAUUCUGGACUUCCUGGCCAAGUGUACAAAUGGCUUGAGUACUUUUGUGUACGGAAGGAGCUACGGAACGGUGGUCGCUCAGCGUCUGAUGCAGUUGAAUCCGACAACCGUGACCGGUUACAUUUUGGACAGCGUCAUGACCUCUUCACUCGCACCCGACCAGAGGUCAUACUACCCAUCGCGGGAUGCUGCGUUUGGCGAGGUGGCCGAGCAUUUUAUGGAGCUAUGCGCGCAAGACAGCGAAUGCAGCGCGCAUUUCAAGGACACCAGCUUGUCUGCUACGCUUCAUGAUGUGCUUUCAAAGUUUGACAGCAAUCCCAACUCGACCUGUGCUGCUAUGGUGGCGGAAUUCACAAUGACGACACCAUCAGUUGGCCUUCGGAAGCAACUGGGUGGCCUUUUGAACGAACCAGUUUUACGGUCCUUAAUCCCACCGAUCGUGUACCGACUCCAUCGCUGCGAUGCCAAUGAUGUCGAAGUCUUGAAGAUGUUCCUCCAGGUCAACACGGACUAUACCUCGAUCCCGAACGAAAGCGAAGCUAUUGCUUCAGAUCUGCUUGGCGAUUUGGUGUUGUUCUCUGAAUUUUGGGAGACUCCUACACCUUCUCAAGCCGAAUUGCAAGCUCGUUUCGCGACCGCGGGCAUGUUGGAAACCCCCGUUUACGACGUCCUUCCCCAGUAUUGCGCCUUUUCGAAAGAGCAGUCGCUACAAUGCGCUGAAACUGGAGUCAAGAGCUACGACGCCAACGGCAUCAUAUACCCGCACGACCAGUACUCGAACGCUGUUCCUACCAUCUCCAGCCAAGCUAGCGUGCUACUGAUGAGUGGAGGAUCGGACCCGGUGACGCCCUCCAAGUAUGCCAAGUUUCUGUUUGAAGCGCUUGAUACAACCAAGAAGGAGCUCGUUGUAUUCGACUACGUGCCGCAUUCGGUGAUGGGUGCGGCUGUGUAUGGCGAAGAUGAAAAGGACUGCGGAUUGGAGCUGCUGAUCUCAUUCGUUUCCAGCAACGGUGACCUUGCACACUUGGACAAGUCAUGCAUGGCCAAAAUGCCUGCAUUCGACAUGAAAGUACGGGUUAAGGAGGCGAACUCCUAUUUCGGCACCGAUGACGCGUACAACGGUGUAUCGACCCCCGCUCAGCAGGAUGCAGGUGCCACGCCAGCGUAA